AUGGCCGGUGCCUUCCCUGUGCUGGCAGCUGUCUCCCUGCUCUCUGCCUUCCAGCAGUGCCACUUUGCUCGGCUGGUGGGGAGAUCAAGAAUGAAGCACAAGGUCAUGCCCCCAGCUGUCACUGGAGCUCCAGAGUUUGACAGAACAUUUCGUGCACAACAAAACUGUGUGGAGUUUUACCCCAUAUUCCUGACUGGCCUCUGGACCGCGGGAUGGUUUUUUAAUCAAGAACUAGCUUCCUUCCUGGGUGUGUUGUACAUGUUUGCCCGCUACAAGUACUUCCACGGCUACAUCCAGUCUGUGACAGGAAGGUUAACAGGUUUUUACUUGAGUUUGAUAUUUCUAACGUGCCUGAUGAUCCUGGGUGCAGCUGGGAUUGUUAACAGCUUUCUGGAUGAAUACUUGGACUUCAGCAUUGCGAAGAAACUACGUAAAUUGUUCUGA